AAAAUUCUUUUAAAGUCUCAUCAAAUCUGUAAAUGACCAGAGAUUUUUUUUCGGGUCACUUUCUUUCAUAGGUACUGGCGCGGGUCGGUGCCCGGGUUGCCAUGGUGACGGGGACGCCACCUCCUGAGAAGGGUGUGGUGUCUUCUGGUGGGUGGCAGACAUGAGCACAAGUGAGCUGGAUGUGCAGGCACUGGCCGCCCUCCUCUAUCCUCGCGGUGAAGAGGAAGAUGAUUAUGAGGAGCAAAGUCCUACAAAAAGUGUUACUCCUGCUGACCUGGGGACCAAUUCCUUCAAAGUGAAGCAAGACCAACACUUCAGACAGCCUGCCACUGACACACCUGGACUCUCAUCCAUGACACAUGAGGAUGCAUGGAAGGAAGAACUGGAUGAUAGUAUUAUCAGUGAUCCUCGCCCUCAACCGCAGUAUGAAGUGACCUUCAGGGAGCGAGUUACUCCCAGUCAAGUGUGUCUUCCGAUCAGCAUGGGGAAAACAGGUGAAGAAGAUAUAGUGGUUCGAGUUGAGUUGCCUGGGGAGCUUCUGACUGAGGUCACUCUGGAAGUUACAUCCACCACUCUGAACUUGGCUUCUCCCACCUACUACCUCCAUCUACCACUUCCUCGUCCAGUCAACCAACGCAAAGGAGUGGCAACCUGGGACCCAACUGCACACACUCUUGUUGUCACCCUGCCAACAGUACAUGCCACAGCACUCCUUCAACCAUCCACAAAAUAAUUACCAUCCAUCUCAAAUAAAGAGGAGUUCUGUCCAUCCUCAUGAAGUCAACUGUCAAACUGAUGUUGUAGCAUCUAAAUGCCAAGUACGUACAUAAUAUUUAUAUACAGUACAUGUAGAGUAAGCAGGUUCAUACAACAAAUAUGCUGCUGCUCUGCAUAAAAAGAAUACAACCAAUAUAUAUUAUUAUGUUACAAAUAUGCAAUAAUAGUACAUUCAAAAUAUUGACAAUAAUAAUAAUAAUAAUAAUAAUAAUAAUACAUGGUCUUGAAGUAGUUUUUACUUUAUUUCAACAGAAAAGCAAAAAAUCAUGAAAUAAUGUAUUUUACAAUUACUUGUAUCACUAUUACAAAGUUCUGAAAGACUCCUUGAGUAAGAUAUUGUCAUUGUUAUUUUAUACUGUGUUGAGCAUUUGUCAAACUGUCAACCAUAUCUGUCAUUAUGCCACACUGAUAUGCAUCAUAAGGAUCAUCUUGACAGAUAUUUGAACUUUGAUUUAUUUGUGUAUGGGUAGUACCUUGUCUUAGAAAGCUUCCCUAGAUACAGAGUGGAGGGCUUAGGUAGGUACUAAUAUAUGUAUUCCUGAAGUCAUAUACAGCAGUAGCUAGAAAGAAUUAGGAAGAGUGGUUUUCUUAUAGGAUCAUGUUUAAAUUUCAUUGGUGUUGUGUAAUUCAAGUUCAAGCUUGAUCCUGAAAAUGUUUAUAUCACUGAACUGAAAUAUGACAUCCUGUUCACAAACAUGGUAAAAUGAAAAAAAAAAAAAAAAGUCUCACCACCAUUACUUGAGUAACUGGAAUACUGUUCUAUAAAAUCAAUUAUACUUUGACUAUAUACAGUUUCAUCCAGAUAAUAUACUAAUACUGAGGCCAGUCAACAAUCUGGGUGUUCAGAAAUUCCCAUUCUUCAUUUCACCAUGAAGAAGGUAAGAUAUCUACAACUCUACAUUCUGGGAUAUUGUUGUAUAAUACAGCUAGGAGACUGAAGCUACAAUACUUUUUUUGUAAUUUAUGGCAGUUUUCUUUCUAAGCAGAAAAAAGUCAGUCUUCUAGGGAUUUAUCUGGCACCAGGCACACCACCUGCCAUCUGAGAGUUAUACAACACCCAAAUUUCAAUGAGCACUGCAAGAGAAAGUUAGGCAUUCAUAAAUACAUGCAGAAGACUGCUAUGAUAUGGACUGUCCACAGUUACUAAAUUCUAACUACAUUCAGUUAACUCAUUAUGAGCCACCCAUUUGAUAGUUGUGUUGUGUGAAUAUGGCACAUAUAUAAAGAAUGCACAUUUCAGACAUAUAAACAGAUGGAGGAAAAUUCCCAUUGUAUGUUUACUUUUAACACUUACAUAAAUUACCAAACUGGAAAUAAAAGCCAAGAUGAAGAAAGCAUUGUUCUGUCUAUUUGACAUCCAACAGAAGACAAUUAACAAUCACCAAGAAAGGCUGUUUAACAGACUCAGAAGAAUGAAGUGUCUGUAUUCAUAUUGGAAAACUUAUGUACUUUAAUAUCAAAUAAAGCAUUAUGGUAUAAAUAUGUAAACAAGCAUAAAUUGAAUUUAUGCUUGUUUACUGCACUGUUAAGCACUCAGUUUAUUCAGUUCUAAUGUCACAACAGAACACUAAUGACCAUCAUAAUUUAUACAGCGCACUGCUGCUAACACAAGACAUGCACAGGUGGUGCUGCAUUGCAAUUUUCUGGCAGAAACUGCAUAUCUGUAUUUGUCCAUGCUAUAUCAAAUUGUUGGAAAAUCAAGUUCACUGCAUAACAUUGAGAUUGCAUACACUGAACCUGCUCAUAUCAAAGAUGUGCCUGCAUGCAUUAAUUUUGUAUGUGUAAAGCUUCAACAAAUGAUACAAAUUUCUCUAAUUGCAACUACAGUACUACUAUGUAUUACUUAUUCAUGGUAGAUUGUCGCUGCUAAAGCAUCAACUUGUAAAAAAGAUAAUGAUGAUUAAGCUGUUCAGGAUCAUUGAACUUUUUCAUGUAACCAAGUGAUUAUUCAAAAAGAAUAUCCUGUUCAUUUAAAUGAAAGAAAGGCAGUUCAAUAAGCAUGACCAUAUGCAAAUCCAAAGCAGUCCUGCCUCCAUAAAAAAUAUAAAAGGAAUGCCAGAAAAUCAGAAAACAGCUUCAAGGUUGUUCUUUUAACAAUUUCAGAUUUUUUUGAAAUAUUGCAUAGAACAUUGCAAUGGUCAAUUGAGCAAUGCAAAUAUAAUCCUGUCCUUUACAACACAAACAAGAUAGACAUACAUAAAUUAUGGUUAAUUACUCAACUUACCCCACCCCACAAAAUGCAUGAUUUUUCCUUCUUUUGCAGAAUCAGUGUUUCAGUCCAUAAUUAAAAAAGUUACCAAGUAACUGUUAUACAGGGUAGCUGAAAAUCCCUCUUAACUACAUCAAUCUAGACAGGAGCUGGGAUCCAUUUCAGCUUUCAACCUUGUAGUAUUUCCAGAAAUGAAAGGCUCUUCAUCCAGUAUCAUGUAAAUAAAUAUAGUUUUUUCCAACAUCAUAAUAGGUUUGGACCAUUGGGUGAAGAACCCCUUUGGUAGUGCACAUCCUCAUUGUUGGCUUGAUACUAGUCUUAUCAGUGGAUGUUCUGUAUGUGUGCUUAGUACAUAAUUAUAUACAUGGUCGUUGUUUAUUGUUUGUACAUUGUAAGAUUCUUCUUGUUAAAUAUUAUUGAUUGUUGCUUGAUAUGUAUGUGCGAUGAUUACUGUUCUUGUUGUGCAAUGUCUAUAUAUUUAUUAAAUCUAUUGUUAGACAUGAUAAAA